AUGUAUGAUUUUGGGUUCAAAGGCACUGGAACACUGAAAUGGUUUCGGCUUCUGAAAGUUAUUGAAAUGUCUACCUCCUGGAUUUUCUCUUUCAGCUCUGGAUUUUCUUUUAUAGGUCGGCUUGGAUGGUUACUUCAACCUUCAGCUUGGAUUUUUUUUUCUGUAGGUAACUUUGACCUGGAUUUUUUUCGUAAGUUUUGGAUAGGCAAUUGGAAACAGGAAAUAUUAAUUAAUAUUUCCUUUUUCUUUUCUGUAAGUUUUUGGAAUUUCAGUUCAGGCUUUGUGAUUUUGGCUUCGGAUGAGAUGUUUCAUGUUUGCGAUAUCGGAUUUUGGGAUAUCGGAUUAAUUGGAUCGUGUAAGACUUCGGUUUGUAGGUUCAAGUCUUUAUUAGAAUUUUGA